AUGCCCGCCCUUCCAUUCACUGUCAAAGCGAUCUUUGAAUACACCUCUGAUCAUGAAGAUGACCUUACAUUUUCAAUUGGUCAAAUCCUUACGGUGACAGCGGAGGAGGAUGAAGAAUGGUUCUACGGAGAGUACACAGAUGAGACUGGAGCCAGGAAGGAGGGAAUCUUUCCCAGGAAUUUCGUGGAAAGAUACGAUCCUCCAGCACCACCUCGACCUUCAAGACCAAGUAGACCAAAAAAGGAGUCUGAAGCUCCCUCGCAUGUCGAGGCAGCGGCUCCCCAACCACCUCAACCAGUCAGCAGCCCCACGCCAACAAACCCGGAACUCGAAGCCCCAUUGCCAAUUGAGAAGGAGUUCGAGUCCAAGCCAUCCCAAAUCCUUCCACCGCCAGCCAUAGAAAGCCAACCGUCAGGUACACAUCAACAAGCGCUGCCACAGCCUCCAGUGAGCACCACCUCUAAAGCAGAAUCCAAACCUCCGCCACCUCCCGUUGCCGAGAAGCCAACCGGAUCGUCCUUUAGGGAUAGAAUUGCGGCGUUCAACAAGCCGGCAGCAUCGCCAAUCACACCUUUUAAUCCAGCCGGGGUAAAUACAAAUGCCUUCAUCAAAAAGCCAUUCGUCGCCCCACCCCCAAGCAAGAAUGCAUACGUUCCCAUGCCAGUCGAAGCAUCGCCAGCAAGGAUAUAUAAGCGGGAGGAAGACCCUGAAAUAGAGCGAAACCAUGAGCGACCAGCUGCUAGGUCACCACCCCCCGUGGAAGCUGGAGAUGAAGAGGACCAACCUAAACCUACCUCUCUGAAGGAACGAAUUGCGCUGUUACAGAAGCAACAACUCGAACAGGCAGCACGGCAUGCAGAAGCAACUCAAAAAAAAGAAAAGCCUAAGAAACCACCCACAAAGAAACGCGUAGAGCCGCAAGAAACUGCAGACCACGGGGAUCCCAGCCAGGGUGCGGAAUUGGAAAGAACUGUAACUUCUGAAACAGCUAGAGGGUCCCCUCCAGCCACAGAUCACCAUGACGAGGGUACUCAACACAAAUCUCGCAACCCCGUUGUACCCGUCAUAAGUCCUCCGCAGCCUUCACGAGAGCUUACAAGCGACACUAAUGAUGCCGACUACUCCGGCACUGGUGACACAGAGGAAGCCGAGGAAACUUCAACUAGUAAAGAGGACGUCGAUGAGAAACAGAUGAAUCAGGGCAUGGACGUGGCAGAGGGUGAACAGGAAAGCCGGAAGGACUCCAAAGGCUCCAAGGCUGAAGCUGAGGGUGAAGCAGCAGAAGGGGAGGAAGAAGAAGGCGAAGAUGAAGAUGAAGAUGAAGAAAUUGAUCCCGAAAUCAAGCGAAGAAUGGAGCUUCGUGACCGUAUGGCGAAAAUGAGUGGCGGAAUGGGUAUGAUGGGAAUGUUUGGACCGCCUCCCGGCAUGCCAGGAAUCCCAAGUGGUGGAUAUAAGAAACCGAAACCUGCUCCAUCAGCUGAUAAUGAAAUGAAAUCUCCGGGCGAAGAACGCUCAGCUCCAGCGACACAUGCACCUCCUGUUCCGGUUAUGGUUCUCCCAGGAAUGCAAGCACGCAAGCAAGAGACUAUAAAGUCUCCAACCGAAAGCAGGGGAGAAGAGGCAGAUGUGCACGUAACCACUGCGGUCCAAUCACCUAAAAUAAUAAAUGAGGAAUCUGAGAUUCCGGAUACUUCAGCACAGCCAAAGAUAGACAGGGCACCUCCGCCUCCUCCAUCAGAAGAACGCUCACCACCGCCACUUCCGCCAAGUCAUUCGAGGCCAGCGCCUCCUCCCGUUCCAGGCGACCGGCCCAUCCCCCCUUCUUCUGCACCAGACUCCCGUGCUCCUUUGCUGCCUACUAGGAGAACGAUGUCUCCGAGCCUAGGCGAAGAGUCAGAUGAUGAGCUCUCUGCUGUUCCCGAAACUUUGCAAAUUGAAAGUCAAUCGAGCGAUAGCUGUCCAACUGCAGUCCUUCCUAGCCGAAAAGAAGAUGUAGCGCCGCCUUUGAAGUCACCUACAGCAACUGAAGAGAGACGAUUAAGCCAUCCACCUCCAGUUCCACAGAUUCCUAUUGUGCCAUCCGCCCAGAGUCGUCCACCUCCGCCGCCUCCGCCUUUCCCGGUUAGUCGUAAGUCAACAAACGAUAGUCGGAUGAGCGCAAGGACACAGACGGGGCUCGCUGGAAAUGACACGGAAGAAGAAAUCACAGAAUACGAGGGCGACUAUGACACCGAUAUUGCUUCUGGCGCAAAGCACAAGGACGCUCUUAAAGCGCAUGGACGCGAUUCUAGCGUGGAUGAAGGCACCAUUACGGAUGACUUCAAUAGUCAACCUCCCAGAACUUCACACGACAUACGUCCACCACCUCCUCCUCUUACCGGCGCCCCUCGUGGUGCCCCUCCACCUCCUCCAGCCCAACCCCCAAGAUCGGUUCGUCAAUCCGUUGACAUGCCAAGACUACCUCCGCCUCCAAUUCCUCCUCCUAAAGAUUAUGGUGCAAAAGAUGAUGAUGAUGAAUAUGAUCCAUACCGGUAUGAUGGACAGUCCACUGUUCCUCUCUCCGAAAGCCCGCCGGCUGUGACAGCGAAAUCACCUUCAGAAGAAGCCAGCGAAGAGGACAUCUAUCCGACGUCGCCACGUAGGCGUUCCAUCCACUCGCCUCCCUUACCAGCAACUGAACGCAUUACUGCGCAGCCUCCCCCUCCUCCAGUCCAAGCCCCUCCACAGCCUACAUCACGAAGUCAACCGUCUCGUCAGUCGGCCGAUCUCCUUAGAAGUCAAUCCAAUACCCGUAGAUCUAUGGAUAUUCCGCGGAUGUCUAUGGAGGGCUAUAUUGCAAGUGAUGUCGACCUUGGGGAGAACACAUUUUGGUGGACGCAACCAAAAAUCCCUCCACCCUUUUUCCAAAACAGAAAGGACAUCCUCUAUGAAAUUGAAGAGGCUUCAUCCACGAAAAGAGGUGGCAAGACCACAAUCUCCAAGGAUAUUUAUGUUCUAUUCAUGGACUAUUCGCAAACUGUUAUCACUGUUCAGUUUGAUUCAAAAAACCCUGGCGAUGUUGUUCUGGAACAGCGCCACGAACCACCGCCUCCUCGACUCCGUCAAGAUCAACUCGAAAAUGCUCAUGCUCAGUUUGGGUCUCGUAUUUCGGAAGCUGUAGCCUCCAAACACAACACCACCGUCGGCGACGGAACACCCCAUGCCUUGGUGCAAGCACUACUUGCUCCACUUUCUGACGCUCUUCUCCCGGUCGGUAUUCGUACGUACGGUGCUGUGGUAUAUUCGAAUCUAGCCAACGCAUCUGUUCAACAAUACGAUGAAAUUCGUGCUGGCGACAUUGUCACCUUCCGGAAUGCUCGCUUUCAAGGUCACAGGGGAACAAUGCAUCAAAAAUAUAACAUUGAGGUUGGAAAACCAGAUCAUGUUGGCAUUGUCGUUGACUGGGAUGGUACCAAAAAGAAAGUUCGAGCAUGGGAGCAAGGUCGAGAAAGCAAAAAGGUCAAGAUUGAAAGUUUUAAACUAGGGGAUUUGAAGAGUGGAGAAUGCCGUGUUUGGAGAGUCAUGCCGCGCAGCUGGGUUGGGUGGGAUGGUGAGAAAUCAUAG